AUGAUACCAACACCGAGGCCGACCUGGCCAACCCCGCCCCCUCCAGCACCGGCGCCCCCAAUCAGCGGGCCGCAGACUCCUCGCCAGCACUCGAAGAGCGUGACCGUACGCUCGCUGCUUAACGACGACAUGACUCCCAAAGAGCUGAGGUAUGACUUGUGCGUACGGCAACAGCCGGCUAACGCGCGGUCAUGCGGACUGGGCGACAGGGACAGGCGGGUCAUCGACCCGCCUCCGAUCCUACAGCUUAAGAUCGAUGCUCCGUGGCUCUCGCGUCAGGAGGUCAGCCGCAAGCUGAGGACACCAUCAUACGUUGUCCACUGCUCGAUCUGGAGUCCGGACGGGGAGGAGGACAUGUCAGGGAUGCCGGACGACUACACGAGACAGAAGCGAUUGAUGGGCAACCUUGUCGCGUCCCCCUUUGUCGGGUUUGACGAGCGUGGGGAGGAAGGGUGUUUCUUCUGUUUCCCAGACAUCUCAUGCCGUACCCCUGGGAGGUUCAGGCUCAAGUUCGUGCUGGUCGUCCUGGAGUGGCCCUUGCGGCCGAACGCGAAAUCAAUGAUCAGGGCCGAGCUACUCUCGGACGUCUUUCAGACGUACAGUGCCAAGGAGUUCCCCGGAAUGUUAGAGUCGUCCGCGCUCGCCAAGGCCUUGAAGCAUCAAGGCUGCAACAUACCCACGAAGAAGGGCAACGAAAAGACCGGCAAGAGAGACGACAGCGAGGAAAACUCGGGCGGGGAAGAUUCCCCACGCAAGCGAGCAAGAAACGACAGCCUGUGA